AUGGUGUUGUCAUCCUUGGUCUCUUCUUCUCCCUUUUUUGUUGAGGAUACAGAGCCAGAGCUGAGGAUGGUGCUGCUUGGGAAAGUCGGAGUUGGGAAGAGUGCUUCAGGAAACACCAUCCUGGGCAUGGAAAACGUAUUCCCCUCCAAGCGCAGUCUAUCAGCUGUCACAAUGAAGUGCCAUGUGGAAAAGGGGAAAAUUGGAGAACAAGAUGUGGUCGUUGUUGAUACUCCAGGGUUUUUUCACAUUGACAGAUCUACAGAGAAUUUGGUGAAAGAGAUCAAGAAAUCCAUCUCACUUGCCGAACCCGGUCCUCAUGUGUUCCUGAUUGUGCUGAGGAUUGGGGAUAAAUACACAGAUGAAGAAAAGGAAAUGGUGGAAAUCAUUCGCAGUACUUUUGGCAAAAACGUAAUGGAUUACACUAUGGUCUUAUUCACCUUUAAAAGCAAACUGCAAGACACUGACAUAGAAGAAUUUAUUCGAUCAAAUAAAAACCUCCAUGACCUAAUCUUACAGUGCAACUGGGGAUACCAUGUUUUUGACAACACCAACAAGACUCCUGAGCAGGUCACUGCUCUGCUGGGGCAGAUCAACAAAAGGAUUAAGACACCAGGAGGAGACUUCUACACCCCAGAGAUGCUCCACAAGGCUGAAAUUGCCUUACGGAAAAAACAGCAAGAUCCAAAAGGAGAAGGAGCCCAAGCCAAGCUAGCCACCCUUCGAACUUUUGCUUUUUCUGGGAUAGCUAUCGGAUGUGUAAUGGGGUAUCUUGCUGGUGGUGGUCAGGUGACGUCCACGGUAGCAGCUGCAUUAGGAGGUGCAGCAGGUGGAAUAUUUGCAAGUGUAACAGCAGGUUUAGGGAUACUUGCCAAAGACGGCAUUGAGAAUUGCAUCACAAAGUGA